GCCAAGUUUUUGUGCUAGACACAAAAUUGGCUUCCAGUUUGGACGUCGUGCUGGAUCUCCAUCUUGUUGCUGUGCGCCAUACAGGUGCAGAAACAGAAUCAACAGCAGCUGAAUGUCGUGCCACGCCGCCUAAAAAAUCAAGCGACCAAAGCGUCAAGCAAAUCUCGAAAGGCGGCAACCGGAAGAACUUGAAAGCUGAAAGAAUAUCCCCAGUUAGAUCGACAAAGGCAGACACUAAACCUAUAGCUGCGACAACUGCAACAGCAACAGCAACAACAACAACAACUGCAUCAACAACAACACCAUCUGCAGCUUCAACUAAAAGCAGCCAACCGAGGCUCCAUAAUCAAGCGGUCACAAGCAUGUUACUUCUGCAGCCCAAUAGCUCCUUUAGUUCAAUUUCGUCGUUCGACAACUUUUCAACGCAAGCCGUGGCAGCGACAACACCCACGUCUACGGUAGCUGCAGUCGGGUCUGGUGCCGGACAUCAUCACCACAAUCGCCAUCAAUAUCAUCAGCAGCAAUCAUCACAGCAGCAGCAACACUUGCUUCCUCAGCAGCACCAGCAAUUGCUGCUGCCCACGUCAAGCCAGGUGACAUUGCUGUCUCAUGAGGAGGAUCAGCUGAUUAGCAAUCUUGCUGAUGCAGCCGUUACGCAUAGCGAGCUGUUCUCGGACUUAUUUUUCCCAUCGGACUCCAACAACUCGCUGCUAUCGCCCGUUCUUGAGCAAUCGGUCGCCAGCUAUCCAGACACGAAGAUUGAUGUGCCCCCGUCCACUGAGACGCUGAUUGGCAGCAGCGAGGACAUCACCAGCUCCAUUGAGAAUCUGACCAAAUUGACAUGUCUGCGCGAUAAGCGUUUACCCUCAACACAAGACCAGCAGGACGGCAGCGCAGGCUCUGAGCAGGAUCAUCAUUCUAUUUGCCUGCUCAGUCUUCGGUCCAGCAGCGAUCCCGCUAUCGCCCUUCACGCUCACCAGCAGCAGCAGCAGCACCAGUUGCUGCAACAACCACAAGUACAGGCCACCUAUCUUCAGCGACACGGUAACAGCGACCUACUGAUAUCACCCAUUGGGGGGCCUCUCUCAUGCGGCAGUAGCCUACCCAGCUUCCAAGAGACCUACUCUCUCAAGUAUAACAGUAGCAGCGCCAGCAGUCCUAAGGAGACCUCCCCUUCAGCCGCUGCCACGCCCUCCGAUCAGAUCUUAACUCUCAAGAUGGACGAAGACUGUUUUGCGGACGUAAUGGCUGACCUAAAUACGGGCCCUGCUUCGGGGCAGUCACUGCACCAAUUGCAAUCUCUGCCGGUAAGGCCCAACAAUACCAACAACAGCAGUAGUAAUAGCAGUGGCUACAACUACCAUGGUCACUUCAACGCCAUCAAUGGCACUUCCAAUCCGUCACCCAGCUCAUCAGCCAGCUCACUUUAUGAAUACAGCGGUGUGGGCCACAACGACAGUUUCUUUGGACAACAGCAGCAGCAGCAGCAGCAGCAACAGCAGCAAAGCUACCAGCACAUGAAUUACAACUCGCACAAUGGUGACCGCUAUUCCUUGCCCACAUUUCCCACUAUCUCCGAGCUGGAGGCAGCCACGGCAGGAAGUAGCGUUGCCGCUGGUUCAGGCUUAGGCUCAGACUAUGCUGUUGUUAUUCCGCCCUUGCGACGAGCUUCGUUGCCUGUGCAGCGCUCCAUCUCUCCCGCUACUGCUGCGCAUUGCCCAAAGGUAGCAAAGUUGGCGCUGGUUGGUUCCAGAAACACUCAUGCCAUCAAUGCCCUUCAGAUACAACUAAGUUCGGCACCCAACUCCACUGCCACCUCUCCGGUGAGCGGUGGCGGCGCUGAGUUCCUUCACAGCCAGUCGGGACGUUUGCUUCAGUCGACCAACUCCUCGCAGUUGUGCGCCGUGUGCGGAGAUACGGCUGCCUGUCAGCAUUACGGGGUAAGAACCUGCGAAGGCUGCAAAGGAUUCUUCAAGCGCACCGUGCAAAAGGGUUCCAAGUAUGUCUGCCUGGCGGAUAAGAGCUGCCCGGUAGACAAACGAAGGCGGAAUCGUUGCCAGUUUUGUCGAUUCCAAAAGUGCCUGGUGGUGGGUAUGGUGAAGGAAGUAGUGCGCACGGACUCCUUGAAAGGCCGCCGUGGACGUCUGCCGUCAAAGCCAAAGUCGCCGCAGGAGUCGCCACCAUCCCCGCCCAUUUCGUUAAUAACAGCUCUGGUACGAAGUCACGUGGAUACAACACCAGAUCCCUCAUGCCUGGACUAUUCGCACUACGAGGAGCCGUUCGAUUCGUUGACUCCGCCCACUGUAGGGAGUGCAUUGGGCUUGAGUGAGGCCGAAAAGGUUCAGCAGUUUUACCAGCUGCUAACCAGCUCGGUAGAUGUGAUCAGGCAAUUUGCUGAAAAGAUUCCCGGCUAUUUGGAACUCACUUCCGAGGACCAGGAGCUGCUCUUCCAGUCCGCCUCGCUGGAGCUGUUUGUGCUACGGCUAUCCUAUCGUGCCCGCAGCGACGAUACCAAGAUGAUCUUCUGCAACGGCACCGUGCUGCAUCGUACCCAGUGCCACCGCUCUUUCGGCGACUGGUUAAAUGGCAUCUUGGAGUUUAGCCGCAGCCUGCAAAAUCUAGAGAUUGACAUCUCGGCCUUCGCCUGCCUCUGCGCACUCACCUUGAUCACAGAACGCCAUGGACUCCGGGAACCCAAAAAGGUGGAGCAACUCCAAAUGAAGAUAAUCGGCAGUCUGCGAGAUCAUGUCACCUACAAUGCGGAGGCUCAAAAGAAACAACAUUACUUCAGUCGCCUCUUGGGAAAACUGCCCGAGUUGCGCUCGUUGAGCGUACAGGGAUUGCAGCGUAUAUUCUAUCUAAAACUAGAGGACUUGGUGCCAGCACCGGCACUCAUUGAGAACAUGUUCGUUACCACGUUGCCCUUUUAGGCGCCACAACCUGCUUCCUUUGUGUUUAGCUUUUAAUGAGGUAGAUACCGUAGUAUAUAGCAUUGCAUAUUUACCAAUCCAGCGUGUACAUAGUUCUAAGUGAUCUCAAUGAACGUGAGAUACAUAAGGCUACAAUAAAAGAAGUGUGUAGAAGUGUAGAAUACUAGAUUAAAUGUAGGCAACAAAACGUUAUUUAAUCCAAUUUCCAUCAGUUCAUAUCUAGUUAGUAACAUAUAUACGUAUGAUCGACCCACACGUAAGCCUAAGAGCCACCGCACCUUCUGCGUCCUAGCCGCUGCCCUCGUCCAUAGGCAAGGGCCUGUUUGGUCCCGUUGUUGGGCACAGGUACAACAACCAGUGGCCAGUGCGUAAUGAGAGUUACUCAUGAAUAUUUAAGCACUGAUUCAAGUUGAAGCUAUUCGUGACUUGUCAGCUACACAGAAAGAAAGGAUUCAGAACUUGUUGACGUUAAUUGUUAAAUUGUUUAAUUUCAAACUGUCAAAAUCAAUGCGCACAGCACGCACAUCCACAUCCUUAC